AUGGGGAGGUCUUCGGUUUAUCACAACCUUCCUUCUUCAAGUCAUGUUCAAGAACGAAAUGGCCUUUGGAAAGCCAUUUGGCUUAUUAAAGUUCCACGUAAAAUUCUUUUCUUUCUUUGGCAAUGCUGUUACGACCGCAUCCCUGUCCAGGCUAACCUCCGUGCUAGAGGUAUUCCAGUUGAUCCUAGUUGUUAUUUUUGUGGUGAAGAGGAGGAAACAGUUUGCCAUCUCCUUUUUCGUUGCCGCUUCUCUCAGAUGGUGUGGAAUACUUCUCCUCUCAGAAUUGAGGAAUUUGAUCCUAGCUUGACGAAGUGGAGUCAAAUUUGGCUCCAUCUCAACAAUUUCUGGUCCCAUAGCCAUCACUCUGUUGAGUUGAGUAGUCUUGGAGCCUUGUUGUGUUGGCAUAUUUGGAAGGCGAAAAAUGAUGGGGUAUUCAAGAAUAUUCGUAGAGAUGUAGCCGAAGUGGUUUCUAUUGCGGUUUCUGAUCUCUCAGAUUUUGAUGCAGUUUUUAAGUUCAAAGAUUUUUUCUCUCCAGUCCUGGAUCGCCAUCUUUCUGCUCCUUCCCAGUGGUCUCCUCCACCUGUGGGUUUCUUGAAACUUAAUCUAGACGUUUCUUUUUCUUCUAUCUUUUUGGAGUGCGGAGGCGGUAUCAUCCUUCGAGAUGAGCUCGGCAGGCCUAUAAAGAUUGCUUCCUUGUUCUUCCAUCGUGUGAGUAAUGUGGAGUUGGCUGAAGCUUUGGUGCUUCGGGAGAGUCUGAAGCUUGCUCAUGCUUGGGGUUACUCAAAAGUUAUUUUUGAAGGAGAUUGUAAAUCGGUGAUGUCUUUAAGGCCUAAUGCUAUUUUUGUCUCAGUUGUUUUGGAGGACUUUGCAUCCAUGUUUCAAGUCAUGGAGGGAUGCAGUCUCUCUUGGAUUCCUCGCUCUUGCAGCAGUGUUGCUCACUCUUUGACUCAUCGUGCCUUGAAGUCCAGGAGCUCUGAUCUACCAUAUGGUUGGCCAGACAAUUAUCAGCAAUCAGUCGCUGAUUAUCGGCAUGUUCCAGCAACUGAUUAUCGGUAUGUUCCAGAAGUCACUGAUUAUCGACAAACGCCAACAACCGCUGAUUAUCGGCAUGUUCCAACAGUCACCGAUUAUCGGCAAGUUUCAACAGCCAAUUAUCGGUAUGUUCCAACAGUUGAUUAUCGGCAAGUACCGAUAGUCGAUUAUCGGCAGACUCCAACAGUCGCUGAUUAUCGGCAAGUUUCAGCAUCAGAUUAUCGGCAAGUUUCAGCAGCCAAUUAUUAG